UUAGUAAUUGCUUAACUAGUCGUUUGUUUUCUACCGAGUUUUAAAGAGUUUUCAAGUAAUCUCAUUAACUCUUCAUUUUGCCAAAACCAAUUACUUAAAAAAAAUAAAGCAGCUUCACAGUACGCACAGCGUUGCACAAAUUGGUAUCGAUAUCGUUUGCUACCUGGCAGCACUGAGCUUGACGCAUGCAAAUUGAAAUAAAUGUUUACUUGAAAUUCGAGCCCGAAAUUAUUUAGUUAUAAACAGAACGGAAAGUGGAGUGCGAAUUGUUUGGGUUCGUAGUCGAUUACUGCUUCUCCGUCCAGAAGCAUUCGUUUUCUUCCAUUCGGACAGUCCGGAAAGGUUUAAAAUUUGGAAAAUUUUAAUUUGAUAAUUUUGUUAGCAAAUUCUUUAAAACCUAAUUGUUUUUAAAUUAAAACCGUAAGAUGUCAGAGUCUGAGAUCCAAAUUGUUUCCGAUGAACUCGAUGCGAACGAGACUGCGGCUGCCACUCAAGUCAAUGUGUCCAGUCAUCUGGCCAAGAAAAUCUGGGCUGUAACCCCAAAUGAUGUUAGCAUGGGGCUCGUGAAGGCUCCCGAGCCUUCUGAUCCCCAUUUUGGAACAUUCUUUGGCUUAGUAUCAGGAAUCGGAUGUGAAAACAAGGAAACAGCGACGAAUGAUAAUGCCUUUACUUAUGUCAGUGAGGUGGAACGUGCUCUCUAUGGGGAUCCCACUGGCUAUCCGGAAAAUGGGAGUCAUAAUUACUUCAAGGCUGCCGAGAACUACUCGUUGUUUGGGGAAAACUUUCUCGACUUUUCUAAGGACACGGCUAGCUGCCUUACGGGCCUGGAACCGAUGGGUGGCUAUCAGCAACCACAGAGAGAGCCACAUCAGCAGCAACAACAUCGUCCACCUAACACCGACAACAAUAUCAAUCAAAACAUGAACAACAACCACAGCCACAUCAACAAUAAUAUCAACAAUAAUAUCAACAAUAGUAGCAACAACAGCCAAAUGAACAAUAACAACCACAACAACAACAACAAUCGCAACUCGGUGAAAAACUUUAAUGAGAUUCCGUUCCCUCAGUUUUACAAACAGAUGCACUACCAACAACAGCCGCAACCUCAGCUAAAUCCAUCGCAUAAUCAGAACCACAUCCACUUGCCCCAAAAGCCGCAGCACGGGGCACCACCCCCGCAGCAACAGCAGCACCAGCAACAUCAGCAGCAGCAGCAGCAACAUCGCUUAGGAGCAACACCAAGUGUCGGUGAUUUGGUAGGACUGGGAGGUCAAUUCAAUCCCAAAGACUUGGCUUUAUCGCAGCUCUGCCAGCAAUUCAUGGCUUGCAACCUGCGGCCCAAUCAGCAGCACCACCAGCAACAUCCGCAGCAGCAACAUCCGCAGCAGAAGCUGUAUCCGCAGCAGCAACAGGCUUACCAACAGCAACACCAGACACCAACUAGCGCCGCUGCAGCUGCUGCAAUGCUCUACAAGAAUCUGGACUUGCAGCAGCAGGUUCAGUUGAUCCAGUUGCAACAGUUGCACCAACAGCAGCAGCAGCAACAACAACAAUCGCGCUUUCCUCGCCCCAUUUUUGGGCGCAACUUUGGACAACCAACUCCACCAACAGGCAACGAAUCUGCCGGGACUCACAAAUAAACACCGAAUCCAAAAUCUCUGAAUCAAGGGGUUAAAAACAAAGGUCAGAAUCAGAAAUGUUCCCAUUUGACUGAAAUUUAAAAUCAAGUUAACAUUUAAAUGUAUAAUUUCAAUCACUUCCAUUUGCUUUAUUUUUGCUUGCGAUUUUUACACUUAAUACGCAACUAACAACAAGUGAUCGAUAAUAAAAUAAUAAUUCAUGGUAGUUUAAAGAGAUUGGAUAAACAUACAUUCCAGUUAUACAAAACUAAUAGUAGCAUUAACUUACUAAACAAAAUUAAUGUCAAGAAACUAAAAUACGUUGCUUUCUUCAAAAAAUCUGUAAACAUGUAAAUCAAUUUUUUAAAGAAGUGCCAAAUAUAUUGCGAAGCCAUUAAA